AGAACUUCAAGUAUAAGUAAAUAUCAUUUUUGACGUGAAAGUGAAUAGUGUGAGUGGUUAGCAGCAAGUUCUAAGUUUGUGAGCGGCGUGACGCCCCUUUAAUAAAUAUAAAGUUAUAGGAAUGUAUGAUAUUAUAGAUCAAUCUUUAUUCAAACAGGGAAGAAUAAAAAGGAAUGUUUCUAUCCUUAUGAUAAUAUCUUUUUUAAUUGAAACAAAUGGCUUUUAUGUACCGGGUGUUGCACCAGUUGAAUUUAAGAAAGGGCAAAAAAUUGAUGUCAAAGCAGUUAAAAUGACAAGUACUCAUACACAAUUACCAUAUGAAUAUUAUUCUCUUAAGUUUUGUAGACCAAAGAAUGGAACACUUAUUUAUAAAUCAGAAAAUUUGGGAGAAGUAUUACGUGGUGAUAGGAUUGUAAAUACACCAUAUGAAGUUAUGAUGAAACAAGAUAUAAGUUGUAGACUUUUAUGUCAUGGACAAAAUAAUCCAAUGACUUGGAAUGAAGAAGAAUCUCAAUGUGCAAUAGAACGUAUUCAGCAUGAUUAUUCUGUGCAUUUAUUAAUAGAUAAUUUGCCAGCCGCUACCAAGAAAUUUCAUAAGGGAACUAAAAGUGAAGUAGUUUAUCAUGGAUAUAGAUUAGGAGGUGUUAUAGAUGAUCAAGUUUAUAUUAAUAAUCAUUUGAUAUUGAAAUUAGGAUAUCACGAACAUGGAGAAAAUCAAUUUAGAGUAGUAGAAUUUGAAGUGGAAGCUCGAUCAGUGGAUAUAAAUCAAUUGAAAUAUGAAGGAAAUACGUGUAUAUUACCUUCUCAAGCAAGCCCACAAUUUGUUAAUCCUAAAAGUACUAGAUUGUUAUUCUUAUAUUCUGUGGAAUGGAAAAGAUCAGAUGUGAGUUGGGCAAGCAGAUGGGACACAUAUUUAGAAAUGAAUGACGUUGAAAUUCAUUGGUUCUCUAUUAUAAAUUCGCUCCUUGUAGUUUUUUUUCUAUAUGGUAUUCUUACAACGAUCAUGGUAAGGAUUCUUAAGAGAGAUAUAGCUCGUUAUAAUGCAGGUGACAGUGAUAGUCUAGCUAAUUUAGAUGAAACUACUGAAGAAACUGGUUGGAAAUUAGUUCAUGGAGAUGUUUUCAGACCACCUCCUAAUUCACGUUUGUUCGCUGCAGUAAUAGGGAAUGGCAUUCAAAUAUUUUUUAUGGCACUAAUUACAAUAUUUUUUGCCAUGCUUGGAAUGCUUUCACCAGCAAGUAGAGGAGCAUUAGGAACUUGUGCUAUAUUUUUAUUUGUAUUUUCUGGAUCAAUCGCUGGAUAUUUUUCCGCACGUCUCUAUAAAACUGUGCGAGGACGAGAAUGGAGAAGAGCUGCACUGUUGACAGCAACACUUUAUCCUGGCAUAGUGUUUACUACAUGUUUUUUCUUAAAUUUCUUCAUAUGGGGAAAACACAGUUCAGGAGCAGUUCCAUUUACUACUAUGUUAGCAUUGCUUUGUCUAUGGUUUGGUAUCUCACUUCCUUUAGUAUUUCUUGGAUAUUUCUUUGGUUAUCGUAAACAUCCAUUUACACAUCCUGUGAGAACAAACCAAAUUCCUAGGCAAAUUCCAGAUCAGUUAUGGUAUAUGAAUCCAAUAUUCUGUACAUUGAUGGCAGGCAUACUACCAUUUGGUGCAGUGUUCAUAGAAUUAUUCUUCAUUUUGACUGCAUUAUGGGAAAAUCAAUUUUACUAUCUUUUUGGAUUUUUAUUUUUAGUAUUUUGUAUUCUUCUCAUUUCAUGUGCUCAAAUAUCUGUAUUUCUGGUAUAUUUGCAGUUAUGUGCAGAAGAUUACAGAUGGUGGUGGAGAAGUUUUAUGGUUAGUGGUGGAUCAGCUAUAUAUGUGCUAGCAUAUUCGGUUUUUUACUUUAUGACCAAAUUAGAAAUAACAGAAUUGGUUCCAACGCUGAUGUAUUUUGCAUAUACAGCAUUAAUGGUGCUUACGUUUUGGUUGUUGACUGGUACAAUUGGCUUUUUUGCUGCAUACGCUUUCAUUCGAAAAAUAUAUGCAGCAGUUAAAUAAACUAGUCCUAAUUGUCAUAAAUGAACUCAUUGAGUGCUGUGCGAAUGUAACUUUAUCUAUUUGUUCAUU